AUGUGCAAAAGCCCGGGCUGCUGCUUGUGCCGCCUGUCGGCAAGGAGCAUCGUCGCGGAGCGCGUUUUCCUGCUCACGGGGGCAUCAGGCUUCAGUUCUCAGCCUUCGGCAGCAGAGGGCGCAGCGAGCCAGUUUGGGCCGAACUUGGUUGUCCCGGCAACGGGAGAGGCGGUGGUGUGGGCGUCCGGAGAGCGGCCGGGAGGUGAUCGAGCGGCCGGGAGGACAGGGAGAGGGAGAGAGGGAAGAAGUGAGAGAGGAAGGGGGUUCACGGAAAGGAAAAUGGAGGCGGUGGAGUUGGUGGCGACUGAAGAAUGGAUCAGGAACAAGGCGCAGCUGAGCAACGUCAGAUCAGAUGAAGUGGAGUCUCUGUCACUGCAGGGAACCUACAAUGACAAAAUUGUGGCUCUUGGGGACGCUUUACUGAAUUUCAAAAGACUGAGGUCUUUGGACUUGUCAAGAAAUUCCAUUGUCAAUCUGGGGGGUUUGGAGUGUUUGCAUUCACUGGAAAAAUUAAAUUUGUAUUAUAACAAUGUGCCAUCUUUGAAAGAAAUUUCCAGCUUGCGCCACCUAAUUAAUUUAAAAGAGCUUGAUAUACGGCUAAAUCCAAUUACCAGGAAUGAGGAGAACUAUAGACAGUGUGUAAUACGCCUACUGCCAAAUUUGAAGAAGUUGGAUGACAGACCUAUCCGGGAUAGUGAACGAAAAACUGCCCAAAUGCACUUCAAUUCACAGGAGCAAAAUGGGACAUCAGAACUAGAUAAAACAGAAGAGAGUGACCACAUAAAGAAGAACUUCACGUAUGACAAAGAUGAGCAGGAUUCCAUGAGUCCAACAAUGAAGUACAAGUGGGAUGCUGCAUCAAAUAUUAAAACUGAUCUGAAGGAACGCUGGGCGUCUCGUGACCUUCAGCUGAUGAAUGACCAUCAAGAAUCUGCUUGUAGUCGGCCUCCAUUAUCAGCUCUUUAUUCUGCUAGGGAUGUGAAGGAGACCAGAGAAAAUGAUGUGUCAAGCAAGAUGAGCUUAGAUCCUAUGGAAACUGAACAUUUGAGAAGCGGACAAUAUCACAGUUACCUCAGUGAAGAUGAUUAUCGAACUUAUCAAUCACCAGUCCGAUCAUCUUUGCGUUCUAUUGGGAAGAAUGUUUGCAAUCGAUCCAGGGAAGGAUUCAGAGUAACAUUUUCAGAUAAAAUACUGGAUUCGUGUUCAGAUGAAAAGAAUUGCCAGAAAAAUUCUAUUAAUUCAGAAUAUGACCAUUCUUCAGGGUAUAGCAAGAAGGAAAGAAACCUUAUGGAUUACACAGAUACUUCUGUAAUGAAAGAUACUUCUACAAGCAUUGAAACGAACAGUAUAUUAUCACGUGAUUAUCACAAGCAACCAUAUACAGAUACAAAGUCUUAUCAGUCCACUCUGGAGUCUCAGAGUUCGUACUUAAACCAUCAGACAGACAAAGCAACCACUGGAAUGAACAGUGACAGAUUGUUUAAAUUGAAUUCAGACUUGAAAACAAGCAGCACAUAUGGAAGUAGUAAAAGUACCCAUGUAGAUGAUAGCACCAGCAAUCACAGAUCAAGAAUGCCUUCUAUCGGCCUAAUACCACAUCAUGGAACUUCAUCUUCUGACCACAUAGUCGAUCGACAAAGUUUAAUAUCACCCAGCAGCUCUUUUACAUCCCUUUAUUCUGUUGGUUCAAAGAGAGGCUUUACUGAGCAUGUGAAUACGGAACUUAUGGCCAAUAAGAGCUCAGAGAGACAAUCACAAUUAACUACGGCUAAUAUGGAACAUUUUGAGUCUAAAUUAGAACCGAAGAAAACAAGCAGUUUAAGUUCAUUGUUGUAUAUGCAGCCAAGUUAUGAUAGAAAGCAGGCAACUCUGGAUAAAUUGCUUGAAGUAGAUGAAUGUGGUGAUUAUCGUUCUCGAACUCCAGUGGGGCUCAGUUCUGGUGUUUCUGCAAAUGCUUCCUCCCUCUUGCAGAACUUACUUGACCUAGUGGACCGACACUGGAAUGGUUCAAGAUCCCUUCACACAAACCAGAGAUUUCUUAAUUCUGCUCAUGAACUACUGUCCAAUGUGCUGAACUCAAUGUCCAUUUCAAAAACUCAAAGCCUAGAAAAAAAGGUUAAAGCAUUAGCUGAAGAGAACAAAUCUUUGCUGACCAGAACAGGCUCUGGACUGGACACUGCAGAGUUACAUCGUGUAAAACAUCAAUUAACUCAGAAACAAGAUGAUUUGGAAUCUUUAAAAGGAAGGUUAGCAAAAGUGCUGGAUGAAAACAAUAAGCUGCGCUCUCAGCUAACAAGUUUGGAACUUGCUAAUUGUGCUGGAAAUCAACUACAGAACAAGAAUCUGCAAAAAGACAAUGAGAGAUUAAAUUUGGAGGUGGAAUAUUUGAAUCAGCAAAUUAAACAAUACAACAAAUUACAAGAAACUGUCACGAUGUUACAAGAGAGUCAUAGAGCUCUAAUCUCCACCAAUAACUACUUACAAGAGCAGCUGAACAUACAUCCAGCUGGCCAAAAGUCAGACAUGUCACAUCAUCUUGGUUCUCAUCGGACAAAAGUAUGGAGCAAGCUGUCAGCUUCAGGAAUCUCAGAACUACCCUUAUCAUCCAAAUCUAGCCAUCACAGUAAUACAGAUAUACUGUAA